AUGGACAUCAAUAACUACAUAAAACGAGAAGCAGAGACAAAAGGAGAGGAAAAGAAAAAGACUUGUCCAUUUUAUGAAGAGCUGGUGAGCAGUUGGGCAUUCAGAGUAAGAGGAAAUGCGCCGGUCCGCCUGCUGCCGGAGGGAGGCAUGGGCAUCCGCCACAGCUCCACCUGCAAGGGUCGGUGCUCGAGGGUUCCCGACGCCACCUGCUGUUCUUUUCUCCCUGAGCCUGAUGAGGACUGUCUUGCAUUUCCAGCACCUAAGGUCUGCGAUGCCUGUAAAAACAAAAAUGAAGAUGACAAUGACAUUGUGGAAAACCUCUGCAAAAAUGACUUUGCCUUGAAGAUAAAAGUGAAGGAGAUUGCCUACAUCAAUGGGGAUACCAAGAUCACCCCUGAAACAAAGAGCAAAACCAUCUACAAGCUGAACGGGCUGACGGAAAGGGAUCUGAGGAAGAUCGUACUCUGGCUCAAAGGCGGCCUCCAGUGUACCUGCGACGAGAUGAACGACAUCAACGUCCCCUACUUGGUGAUGGGGCAAAAGCAAGCUGGGGAACUGGUGAUCACCUCGCUGAAGCGGUGGCAGAAAGGGCAGCGGGCUUUUAAGCGGUUCUCACGCAGCAUCCGCAAACUGCAGUGUUAGUCACUCCUGCUCCGGCCACAUCCAGCAGCCGCCUCCAUCCUGAGCUCUCCAGCCCCCUACGCUCCCUUACUUUGGCCCCUCUGAGCCUCGGGUGCAGUGGGCGUGAGACACAGGGACCGUUCCCUGAGAGAGGAGGAAGGCCUCCAUUAUUGUACAUAGGUUGAAGUGUAAUAAAAAAUCAUGACUAUUUUUGGGAAGUAUUAAAGUAUCUUGCUUAAAGCUCUUUUUUUCUCUUUUUGAAUGCAAGUGUGACUUUGGUCAGAAGUUUUUCCCUCUUCAUUUUGAUAAUGCUGGUCAAUUUAUAUUGCUACUUCUCUGUAUACAUGCAUGUUUGUUGUGCAAAAGUAGGAGAUGCAAAGAAAGACAGCCACAUGUGUGACUGAACUGUCACAGUGGAUAUGACUUUUUCACUGAUGUGAAAUGGCUUGCCAUCUAUAUUAACACUAUAAAGGUCAUGUUACAACUCUUGCAUGUGAUACAUAGGCACCCAUAAGAGCGUAUUAACCAUUCUCACAUCUUUUUUUCCAGAAGUCUGAGCCCUUCCCUCUUAGAGAAAUGAACAAGUUUUGGAGCUGGUUGAUCUGAACGCAACUUUUGUCUUUUAAUUUUGCAAAUUAAACCAUCUGUAGCCUAAUUGUAAUAUACCUAGUGGUUAACCUGAAAGAGUUGUAAAAUAUUGCUUUAAUUAACCUUGUAAAUACUCCAGAUAAAUGUUAUAUUCUUGUAUAUAAACUUUACAUUAUAGUUUA